CCUUAAUCAUUGGUUCCUAUUUUAAGAAAGGAGGAUAUUGGGCAAAUAACAUUGAUCCAGAUCGUGUCAAGAGGUUCAUGGAUCAUACCGGGGUGCGCCAGGCGAGAUGCCCGUCAGCGUGAAUGACGUGAUGCAGCUCCUGUGUCAUGUGUCCGAAGAGCGGAAGAUGAAGGCUGCCUUCAAGCAUUCUGGGCGAGGGGCGCUUGUGGCAGGUGCAACUGCUUUUGUUGGAGGCUUGAUGGGCGGCCCACCUGGCAUAGCCGUAGGGGGCGCUGUUGGCGGCUUGCUUGGUGCCUGGAUGACCACCGGACAGUUCAAACCCAUCCCGCAGAUUCUUCUGGAGUUGCCUCCCGUAGAGCAGCAACGGCUCUAUGACAACGCCUACGCCAUCAUUCGCAACUUGGACUGGACCGACACGGCGCAGCUCAUAGCCCUGGUCAUGGGAAAUGCAGCCAUUCAAGAGAGGUUGCUAGGCAUGUUGACGAACUACCUCGCCAAUGAGCUCAAAGCUGAAAUCCAGUAUGGAACCUAGAGUGUGGAUUUGGGGUGUGUGUGCGCGUGUUUGAGUGGACUUCUUUUUCCACCAUCACCCCCCCUUUUUUUUUGGUAACGUGUUCCAGUGAAGAAUACUUUAUCUGGGUAAUUGAUUUUACAGCAGUUACAAGAAUGUGGCCAUGUAUAAUUUCACUUCCACACCCCUGUGACAGCCAGUGUGGAGUAGUGGCUAAAGUGUCGGACUGGGAGUCGGGAGAUCCGAGUUCUAGUCCCCGCUCGGCCAUGGAAACCCACUGGGCGACUUUGGGCCAGUCACAGACUCUCAGCCCAACCUACCUCACAGGCUUGUUGUUUAUUUAUUUAUUUAUUUAUUUCAUUUAUAUACCGCCCCAUAGCCGAAGCUUUCUGGGCGGUUUACAACAGUUUAAAAUAGUAAACAUUAAAAAGUAUACAAAAUUUUAAAACCAUCAGAAACAUAAAAACAACAGUAUAUGUUGUGAGGAUAACAUGGAGAGGAGGAUUAUGUACACCCCUUGGAGGGAAAAAGGUGGGAUAUAAAUGUAAUAAAUUAAGAGGGAAGAACGGAAUAGCUGCACAAGGCAUUUUAGUUGGGAGAAUGAGGACGUCCCCUUUAUUGCCACAUCAACACAUUUCAGUCUGUGACGCUUCCCUCCACCCUUUUAGCGGCUCCCUCCUAUUCAUAGCUCAAUGGCUCCUGUUCAAAUGAGCCCUUACACAACCUAAGGCUAUCCUGCCUCUGCUUCUGGUAAUGAUUUUCUACCAUAUUUCUGCUGUUCUGUGUGGCUGUGUGCAGGCUGUGGAAUGGAACUCAGUCAAGGAGCCGGGGUGCAAAAAUUGCAGCUCACAGGGGGCAGGGAAUCCCCCAAGCCACCCAGUGUUUGCCACUGCCUCCCCCCCCCCCAAAAAAAAAAAUGGUGAUGGUGAUAGGGAGGGAACAUUGUUCCAAGAUCAUUUCUUCUUCUUUUGGUGAUCAUGUUGGGGGAGAUGGGGCAGAAUGGGGGCUUUAGUACCUUCACAUGAUUGCUGCAAGACUACCUUGUUUUCCCCCGCAGAAAGGUGGUGUAGAAAUGUGAAAGAAAGAAAGGAACGAUCUGUGCAUCUGGUUGAGUGUGAGAAAAGCCUGUGCAUUAGAGAGAGUUGUCUUCGUGUGAGAGGCCUCUGCUAUCACACCAGGGAGUUGAUACGGCCCUUGGGACCGAAAGGGUUCUGUACCCAGGCCUAGAGCACGUUCCUCCCUCUCCAUUUUUUGCCCCAUGUCUUGGAGGCAAGUGGCAGGGCUAGGCUGGGCCUCUUCCCACUCAGUUCUCCUCUAACGGUGGCAGAAGUAGGGGCUGAAGCGAGUUAGUUAGCCAAGAAUACUUCUCAAGCCUUUUAUUUCUUCUCAAGAUUCUCCUUUUCUUUGUAGAUUCGCUUGCAUGAGUGAUUUUUGCCCUUUUAAAAUUUAAUUUUGUUUCUUCUUGUUACCCAUCCUGUGUGUGUGUGUGUGUGUGUGUGUGUGUGUGUGUGUGUGUGUUUUGGAGCCACAAGUUGCCUUCUUUAAUGUGCAGAGCCAAGACUGUUGAGAUGUGUGCUUUAGCGUGAGCCUUUCCCCUAAUACUUGAAUUCAAAUAAAUUAACUCCUGAGUUUCA